UUUUAACUUGUGUCCAUUAACAAUCUCUUUGUCCUCCAUUUUUUUUCUCUUUGAUUUUUCAUUGCUUUACACUAUUUGAUCAAUCAGAAGCUCAACCCUAAAAGUUUCAUUAGAAUGAACAGUGUUAACCUUUCUCAUCAAUAUCCUCGAACAUCAAGCUUUACUUGUCUUAACUCUUGCUUGACAGAACACUGGGGUGAUUUGCCCUUAAAAGUCGAUGACUCUGAGGACAUGAUCAUCUACAAUUCCCUUCAUGAAGCUCUUAACUUCGGUUGGUCACCGACGACGACGGGUUCAACGGCGGCAACGACAAUUAAACCUGAGCCCAAAGAUGAAUCAGCAGAGAUCAUGGAAAACGCGAAGCCAAUGGAGUUGACUCAAAAAGUGGUGAAAGGGAGACAUUACCGUGGAGUUAGGCAAAGGCCGUGGGGGAAAUUUGCGGCGGAGAUUAGGGACUCAGCUAGGAAUGGAGCAAGAGUGUGGUUAGGUACGUACGAGACAGCUGAGGAAGCUGCUUUGGCUUAUGAUCGAGCAGCUUAUAAGAUGCGUGGUUCAAGGGCUUUGCUUAAUUUCCCGCAUCGGAUCGGUGACAAUGAGCCUGAACCUGUUAGAGUUAAGGCUAAACGUGGGGCAACAAAUGACUCGGUUUCGUCCAAUGGUUCAUUUCCUAAGAGAACGAGAAGCUUGGAAGCUAACAAGGCUGAGUUGACCACUGUGUUUCAACUGGGUCUAUUUCAGGUUGGGGAACAGUUAUUGGUGAAUUAAAAAUUAUCAGAAAUUUAAAAAUGAUGUUGAUGAGAGAGACGGAUGCGAACCUCGUAAAAGAUAAUCUCCAUGAACUAUAAUCUUAAAAAAUAUUUUGUUUAUUUUUGUUGGUUUAUUGUAAAGCAAAUUGAAGUUCUGUGAAUAGAAAAAUGCAAUAGUUUUUUUCCUUUAA